CACAUGAUAAAUGCGGUAGAAGACACACAAUGAAGCGAUGUCUCUACGCAACGCCAAGUGAUCAAGCCGUUCACAGAGCACUGGGUCUUGUAGGCAACUGUUGAUAGUUAAGUAUUAAAACACUCAUGUGAUACUAUUACAAGGCGAAGCCGAGUGUGACCCCACAUUCGUGUUUUAAUACCCCUUAUUACACAACAGUUUCAUAAAUAACUAUAACAUAAUAUAUUGUCUUAUAACUAUUAUAAUAAUUGAUAUACAAAUAAAAAUAUCAGAAGUAGACCGGCUUUAAUCUUAUCAAUAUAGGUCGUGACCUACAUUAAGAAAUCCAAUUAUGUAUGUAGGGUACCUAUUACAAUAUUUAAUAUUGAUAUAUUCUCUUCGAGUCGCUGCAAACUGUACAAUAUGUUGCUCAAAUUAUUAGCAAUAUCUUCAAUCACGUUAGCAUUUCAAGGAGACGAACAUAACGACGAAACUGUUUUGUUCUACUACGGCUUAGAGGAGAGUGAGCGUGGUCUCCCGUGGUGCGGUGCGAGUCAGGUCUGCUCGGCGUUGCUGCCACGAUACUGGCGACCCCGUGCUCUACUCCGGCUGUGUCGCUGCGCCCGUCGCCAGCGCUGUGACACAGUCGCCCCCCAACAACGAUUACUCGAACUUAACAACCGCGCACAUUUGCAGUUCUGCAAGCCCGUGAGCGAGAUAGCGGAGUGCGCAUACAACGACACGGCUCUGAUCGUCGACACGCACCAGGAGCGAAUGAAUCCGGACGAGAUAGAGAUGAUGCACCACAACAACGUGCACCUGGCACCGCCAAAGAUUAUUCUAAACUGCCGAUGCAGACUCCCCAACUACUGGAAGCUGAAGAGCCAUGAGAACACGAUGUUCUCCUACCAAUGUUCCUCGCUGCCUCUGUGCAAAACCGGCGACUUCUGCGGUCACGUUGACAACGAUUUCUUCGCGCUCUACCAGUCGUGUCUGUGCCCCAAGAGACACAUCUGUGUACACGACGGGGGUGUCCCGCACACUAUUAUAUCGGAGCUGAUGUACCGCGGCAGAGGAUGGAAGGCUCAUUGUCGAAUGUCAACUUAUAAUAGUAGCGACCAAGACUAUGAUUAUAGCUAAUUUAAUAAUAAUAAUAAAGACUUUAUUUACAUUCCUUAAUUAAGUACAAUGUUUCCUUGCUAACUAA